AUAACAAGAUGCCAGCUAAAGUUGCAGGAAAGAAAGGCGAGAAGAAAGCCGGAAAGGCUAAAGCCAUUGCUGAUGGAAAGAAGAAGAGGAGAGGAAAGAGAAGGGAAAGCUAUGCUAUCUACAUCUACAAGGUGUUGAAGCAAGUUCACCCCGACACUGGUAUCUCCAGCAAAGCCAUGGGCAUCAUGAACUCGUUCGUUAACGACAUCUUCGAGCGCAUCGCCACCGAAGCUUCCCGCCUUGCCCACUACAACAAAAAGUCGACCAUCAGCUCUCGCGAGAUCCAGACCGCUAUCAGGCUGCUUCUGCCCGGUGAACUGGCAAAACACGCGGUCAGUGAAGGAACCAAGGCUGUGACCAAAUACACCAGCAGCAAGUAAACUCACUUUGUGGGUUUCCCGCCAAAACAAACGGCUCCUUUAGGAGCCACUAAAUGUUAUAAAAGUCCAUGACCAAUACAACUCCGUUAAGUACUCCUGAAAUUGCUUUAUCAUCUGUUUCAAUAAAAUCCUGGUGCUGUUUUUCGUGGUUUUCCUAUGGCCUUAGCGUAUGUCGUGUGUAUAGCGUAUGUAUACCGCGCGAACUGUUUCCUUGGCGAGGCGAAACAAAAUGUAACUAAUUAAUGAGCAAAGCAAUAUUAGUCAUAGAUAAAACGGGUAGGAAGCGAAGAAUAUUUUUCAUGAUUUCUUUUAAAAUGUCACGCAAGAAUUAAAAUUUGAAGAACCAGAGUUCUUUUUU